ACACGCCUGUGGUUCUUUUGAGUUCCCGUAAUGAACGAAGAAGAAAUCAGCUGAUCUAAUAACACCACCUUGUAUGAAUACGCUUUGGCCGUUCUAGUGAAAUUUUUAGACCAAUCGUAAACAACUGUUGCUUAGCAACAAUAAACAAAACAUCUAGAGCAAAACAGAAGUAGAAAGUUAUAGUGGACUUAUUUUAAGUGCAAAUUUCUAAAAAAUAAACAUUUAAAUGAUGGAUUGGGCAGAAGAACUAAAACUAUCCAUCCGCAAGAAAACGGCACGGAAGGGACGUCGCUCCAAAAGCCGUGAUCCGAUUGGCGGUGCUUCCACCAGCAUCAAUGUGACCAAUCCGAAUGAGAAAGAGAUUGCUAUCGAUAUAACAUUAGGCAUGCACAAGGAUACCAGCACUGCUGCAAGCGAAGAAGCCGAUACCUCGAAACGCCCACCAGUGCGACGUAUUUCGGGCGGUUGGGCUGAUGUUGGCAUACUAAAAAGUACAAAAUCUAAAAAAGGCGCUUCCUUUGAUGACGAACGCUUUCAAAGUGUAUCACUGGCAAAGUCACCAAUUGGCUCACCACCACGGGACGACAUACCGACCAUUCCUGACAUGGAUGAUUUAAAAGAUGAAAUCUUACUUAACGAGAUCGUCGAACCGCCUGCCGCCAGCAAUCUACGUCCAAACACUUUAAGUGAACUCAAUUUGGAUUUGUUGAAUCAAAAUGCAUUUGCCUCCUUGGAGAAUAUUAAUCUAUCUAUAUUGACACGUUGCCUUAAGUUGCCUGAAACUUUAGAUGAACCGGACGAAGUUUGGGAGUGGGAUAAAUUAUUUACUGAUGUGAUUGCCGAAAUACAUUCUGAACAACAAAGCUUUGCUGGCAGCCAGAAAAAAGAAAUAGGCCCAGAUGAAAUACCGCCACCAAUGUACGCAUAGUUUAACGAAAAAUUUGCCUGCUGCUUAGACGCAAAAGCAAAAUUAAAUGUAUUAACAAAUCAAUGCCGUAAAAAUGUAAUCACUAAAAAAUUCAGUUAAUUUAUUAGCCAUAGUCGUGAAAAUAAAUUUUACAUAUCACUCACGUACAUACCAA